AUUUGCUCUGCUCUUCUUUAAUCUGCUCUGUUCUUCUCUUUCCAUUUCAGCGUUGACUUAGUUAUUGGGAUUUCUCAGAAGCAAAAAUGGCGUCUCCGGCGACGUUUCAAUUCUCUAGAACAAAACUUAACCUUCAGAUCAACCUCGUCGAGCGAAAAUCUCCUUCAAAACUCUCGUUUCCUCUUUUAUUCAGAGACCAAGCAAAGUCAACACCAAUCAGAUUUCCCGUCAUAAGAGCUUCAUCAUCUUCGUCGGCGUCAAAUCAUAAACCUUCACUGCUUAAAACCACCUUCAUCAGCCUCACCGCAGCCGCAGCUCUGUUCUCAGCAUCGUUUUACUUCGUCAACAAACGCGCCGCGAUGACUCCAGUUGCUGUGGUAGAGACGACACUCGAGAAGCACCUCGAGACACAAUCAAACGAUGUGAAUGCUUUAUCAUUGCUGACGGAAAUCAAAUUUAAGUCCGAUAAACAUGAGCAGGCGAUUGUAUUUCUGGACCGUCUGAUCGAGAUCGAGCCAUAUGAACGAAAAUGGCCGGCUAUGAAGGCUCGGAUUCUCUCAUACCACGGGAAAAGUGAAUCAGCAAUCGAAGCUUUCGAGGAGAUUCUCGAAAAGGAUCCGAUACGCGUCGAUGCUUAUCAUUACUUGGUGAUGGAGUAUUACAACUCUAAACCUAAAUUAACAGAGAUAGAGAAGAGGAUCAACAAAGUGAUUCGAAGAUGCAAGAAGGAGAAGAAGACGAAAGAGAUUCUCGGUUUCAGAAUGUUGAUCGCACAGAUUAGGUUUAUUGAAGGAAAAUCAGUUGAAGCAAUUCGGAUUUGUGAAGAGCUAGUGAAGGAAGAUCCAAAUGAUUUCACUAUAUAUUUGUUUCAAGGAGUCGUGUAUACAUUGAUGAAUAAGGGAGAGGAAGCUGCGAAGCAAUUUGAGCAUGUUGCUAGGGUUAUACCAAGGAAUCACCCGUCUAGAGAGACUGCCGCGAGGACCACGAACUCAAAUGAAUGGAGAGUCAUCGUAGCUUACGAUAAUGUCUACUGCUAUUUAUCUACAUUUGCUAGGCUUUCCAUGGCUUCUUUGUUUAAUAAGUUUGGCUAAGUAUGGUGGAAAUUGAAAAAGUUCAAAACUCUCUAUUGAUUUUUGUUUGUGAUUUUAACACUUUGUACAAAGAUUGGGUGAGUAUUUGUCAUUUGAGAAGCGGAAGCUUCAUUGUGAUAAUAAAGACAAGAUGAAAUUAGAUGAUGCAAUGUGACUGAAACCAUAAAGGUCACGUGCGUUUAUUUGCUUUAGGCUUCUCGUAAUGAAAGUGAUAAUACAUGGGCUAAGGC